AUGACAGUGACAAACGUGGACCAGCAACGGACGGUUCAGAUGGUGUGGGCUUUUGGGAGUGGAUCCGGGAGCGUUAGAUCUGUAUGGAAACAAAUCCAUGUGACAUCGCGUGGGACCCACUUGGGUGUCCUUGAUUGGAUGGGCAUGACCAUGUGGAUGUUGGCCAGGCCACACAUAGGGCAUGAAAUGCUAUCAAUGCAGCUUCUUUUGGAUAUCUCAUCAACAGCUAGCAGAGACAAUUAA